AUGCGUGCCCCAAACGCCAGUGGCAGUGUCCAGGACCUUACACUCCCGGGAUUUGAAGAUCUUGAGCGGAGUGUUCAAGAAGAUGUGCAGCUUGUCAAGAAUUCUCCACUUAUCCGAAAGGAACUUGCCGACCGAACCUGGGGAUUCAUAUAUGACCUGAAAACUGGCGCAGUGAAGCCAGUUCCUGAAUUAAGUCCGGUCUGA